CAAUACUUGUCCGCUUCCUUUAUUUGGUGUUGUUCAUAGUAUUUGUCGAUGGCGAAUGCCUCGAUGAUCAACAAAAGUUGUUACUUGAGCUCAGGAGCGAAUUCAAAUUCAACUCCUCCAUUUCACAUGGUUUUGAGCAUUGGAAUGGGACAGGUGAUUGUUGCGAAUGGAAGCGCGUGGGAUGCGAUGACUCGGGUCACGUUAUCAGUUUGCUCCUCAACAGCGAGGGCAUCUCCGGCAGAAUUGGUGAGUCAUCAGCUCUUUUCCGGUUGACAUACUUGUCGAGGCUUGGCCUCUCAUCCAAUGACUUCACCACAACUGAGAUUCCUAACCAAUUCCAUCGUCUCCCAAAUUUGGUAUACCUUGAUUUGUCACAGUGUGGUUUCGUGGGACCAAUUCCAUCCACGUUGGCCAACCUAACUGAGCUAGUUUUUCUCGAGUUAUCAAACAACUUCCUCACUGGAUCGAUUCCUUCAUUUCAUAACUGCAAGAAUCUUGAAUCCAUAAGGCUUGGGGAUAAUAAUCUAAUUGGCUCACUUUCUCACUUGGAUUUUCAAGGUCUUACAAACCUCAGUAUUUUAGAUUUAAGCUACAAUUCAUUGAACGGCACCAUUCCUAACCAUCUUUUUUCCUUCCCUUCAAUUAAUUAUCUCUAUCUAUCCAACAACCAAUUCAGUGGACAAAUCGAAGAAAUUUCCAUUGUAGACCACUCUAACCUUUUUGGGAUGGAUUUGAGUGGUAAUAGGAUUGGAGGUUCUAUUCCUAACUUCUUCUUCCAGCUUCUAAACUUAAGAGAUCUCGUGCUUUCUGACAACUUGUUCAAUGGCACUUUUGAACUGAAUAAGAUCCAAACAAGUCUUUUGGAACUUACUCUUUCAAACAACAACUUAUCAGUUGACACGACCAACAUGAGUUCAAGUUCAAACUUAAAUUUAUUGCACAUGUCAUCCUGCGAUCUGCAUGAUUUCCCAAAUCUUAGAAAUUUAUCCUAUUUGGCAGAUUUGGACCUCUCAAACAAUCAUUUGCGAGGGGAUAUUCCUAGUUGGAUUUGGGGAUCUGGAAUGAGCUCUUUGAACCUUUCUCUUAAUCUUCUGACAGAUUUGCAAAAGCCUUACCAUAUACCUACUUCUCUUGAUACACUAGACUUACACUCAAACCUUUUGAGUUGUGAGUUUCCCUUACUCCGUCCAGACGCAAACGCAAACGAAAACGAAUCUGAUUAUUAUUUUGCCAAUUUCUUGUUUCUCGCAAACAAUAGGCUAACCGGAGUAAUUCCAACCUCUAUAUGCAGUAUAUCAAGACUUAUGGUUCUCGACUUGUCUUUCAAUAACUUAAUCGGUAGCAUACCUCCCUGCCUACUGCAAGAAAGUUAUUACCUUAAAGUGCUCAAUCUUAGGGGAAACAACUUUAUUGGUGUUAUCCCUGAUACAUUUAAUUGGGAGUGUGGGCUAAAAACCUUUGAUGUUAGUGACAACAACUUAGGAGGGAAGAUUCCCAAGUCUUUGGCAAAUUGUGUAGAAUUAGCGGUGAUGAAUGUUGGAAACAACAACUUUGAUGAUAGUUUCCCUUGCAUGGCGCUGCCGGAGAGCUUGAAGGUUCUUGUGUUGCGCUCCAACAGAUUCCAUGGAGAGUUGAGAUGUGGUAAGAGUUGGCCUGAUCUUCAAAUUUUGGAUAUAUCUUCAAAUCAUUUAAGUGGCACUCUGGAUUCCCUAAACUUCUCAAGCUGGAGAGGAAUGAUGCUACAAAGUCAGGCACAUUUAAGGCGUUCACCCUCCGAUAUUUUAAAUGCAAGUUAUUUAUAUCGGGAUGAGGUGACAAUAAUUGUGAAAAAUGUAGAAGUGAGGCUUGUGAAGAUUUGGCCUGACUUUACAUGCAUUGAUUUGUCUUCCAAUCAUUUUGAGAAAGAAAUACCAGAUGCAAUUGGUAGUCUCACCUCACUCUAUCUUCUCAACUUAUCACACAACUCUCUCACUCAUGCAAUCCCAAGAUCAUUGGGUGCCUUGACAGAGCUUGGGUCGCUCGACCUCUCUUCAAACAAGCUCACCGGGAGAAUACCAGAUGAGCUCACAAAACUCGAUUUCCUAUCAUUCUUGAAUCUGUCUUACAAUCAUCUCACUGGACUGAUCCCAACUAGCAGCCACUUUCAAACGUUUUCAGCGGAUUCAUUUGAAGGAAAUGCGGGGUUAUCUGGUUUCCCACUCAACGGAAGUUUCAACAACCGCCCUCCACCAGGUCCAUCGCCAUCAGAGGAUUCAGAACCAAAAGAUGAGGAGAUUGAGUGGGAAUAUGUGUUUGCUGCGUUUGGUUAUGUUGUGGGAUUCGGAAGCAUUGCAUGGAUUCUGUUAUGUUGCAGGAGCUUGAGAGAAAGAUACUUUGAGAAGAUAGAAGAGGUUGCUGACAAGAUAUUCUUUGAGAGAGGAAGGAGAAAGAGACAUGAAAGAAGAGUAAGAAGAAGAGAAGAGAGGAAUGCGUUUAGAAGAAGGCAUCAUCAGUGAGAUUGAGCAAUGUGGUUUGUGUUUAAUUAGCAUAUGGUGUGGUGUGAAGUUUUGUUUUAGCUAUGUGUAUUUUUU